AUGGCCUCGCUGGAGGAUACAAAGAAGUUAAUAGAAACACUAGGCUGCUUCUACCAAGAGGACGAGGAGGUAGGACAGAGAGUCGACGCAAUCUUCCAAGAUGUUGGCUAUUACUUUAAGAACGAGGCUGGUCUCACAUUCGCCAAAGUCAACACAUUCGAAAAUGAGGCAUUUCGUCGUGUUAUCGAGUCCUUUUUUCCGGAAUGCUCCCUAGGCAUCAUAAAAUCAUACGGACCAAGCGAUUACGACUGCUGCUGGAUGAAUCGACUACAGCCAGAGCUACAGGUCUUGAUGGUUCACCUAUGGUCAAGUAACUCCGUUGUCAUCUUCCACUUCGGCUCUCACAAACACCUGCUGGAUGCCGAUCGCGCCCCGAACGGCUUGCUGAAAAUCCCGCCAGACAAGCUCGGGCUUCCUGGGAUCAUUAGCAAGACUGUACCGAUGAAGAAGGGUGGAUUGUCCAUCCUAGAUGGGAGGACCGGCUUUAGGAUCGUUAGCGGCCGAGCGAUCUUCUUUGCAUUUGUCGUACCCGAAGAGCUACAACACUGGGCCGAGAUGGAGUUACCGCAGGGUUGCGGGCUCGAAGGACUUGUUCAGCAGAUACAGGAAAUAAGCAACCACAUCGGCGCCAACUUCACGUUCGAAGCACCCGAAGGCAGCGAGACGGCACAAUAA